AUGACAGAAACAAAAAUGCGGUUAGAAGACUGGCUGGAUGACUUGUGUGUCCGCUUUAUUAUCAACCUGCCUCGUGAGGAGUUAGAAUCGGUCGAACGAAUCUGUUUCCAGGUCGAGGAAGCACAAUGGUUCUACGAGGAUUUCGUUCGCCCGUUGGACCCCGUGUCGCUUCCUUCCCUGCCCCUCAAGGCUUUCGCCCUGCGCAUCUUCCAGCAUUGUCCACUCAUGUCACAAUGGUCCAACUAUCACCACCAGACUGCAUUUUCCGAAUUCCUGGCUUACAAGACUCGCGUUCCCGUUCGCGGUGCCAUUCUGCUCAAUCAGGAGAUGGAUGAGGUCGUCCUUGUGAAAGGUUGGAAGAAAGGGGCCAACUGGAGUUUCCCGCGAGGCAAAAUCAACAAGGAUGAGAAGGACUUAGAUUGCGCGAUUCGGGAAGUCUAUGAGGAGACAGGAUAUGAUAUCCGUGAGGCUGGGUUGGUCCCAGAUGAGAAGGAAGUGAAGGCCAUCGAGAUCACCAUGCGGGAGCAGCACAUGAAGUUGUUUGUCUUCCGCGGGGUGCCCCGGGACACCCAUUUCGAACCGCGCACGCGGAAGGAGAUCAGUAAGAUCGAGUGGUACAAGCUGUCCGACCUGCCGACGUUGAAGAACAACAAGCACCAAGACCCGGGUUUUGCCCAAGCCAACACCAACAAAUUCUACAUGGUCGCGCCCUUUAUGCAUCCGCUAAAGAAAUGGAUCGCUUACCGGAAGAGACUCGAUGCGAAGACAAAUCCACAACAACGACUACCAUUACAUCUGGAAGAACCAUCGGCGGAUGACGAAAACUGGUCAGAAGGUGAACCCCGGGGCCGGAGCAUUCUGCCUUCCUACGGUCAGUUUGAGAACUCUGCCGCCGCGGAUCACUCCAUUCAUAAGGCUCAAUGUGUCGGUAUCGAUCGUGGGUCUCCCUUUGCUCACGCACCGAGUGCGCUGGCUCCUCAUGCGGCGCAAACUCCUGGCACGGACCCAUCGAAAUCCAACGCUCUCCUGGAAUUGUUGAGACGUGGUGCUCCUCAGGAUUCGAAUCAGGGACCACCGUCAGCACCGCAAGCUGCUCCAGGUCCCAACCAAGCGGAGCUGCCGAGUUACCCUGCGCCAAUGUUUCCAGGCUUUCCGCCGCAAGGAGCCUUUCAGUACGGCUAUCCCCAGCCUACUUCGUUUCCUCCGCCUCCCUAUGGACCAGCCGCUUCUAUGCCGCCUCCCGAUGCUUUUAUGCCUCAGCCGAGCCCGUCGCGCAUAAGUCUACCAGUCGGACCACAUGGCCUCGGGCCUGCGUAUAGCGGGUUGCCAACAUAUCCUCAAGAAUCGUCUUCGGCGCCGUCCCCCCAACGUGUCCCUAUGACUGCUGGUCCGCACGCGCCACCACCGAGUCAUGCACCAGCGCCCUUCCAACGGACUGGCGACCCCGAGUUUUCUCAUUCUGCUCAGCUACCUCAAUCUCAAAGCGCAACUAUUCCCCCCGCAAGGAACCUCCCCCCUCCAAGGCUAGACAGCCAUGCAAUGGCAUUGUUGAAUGUCUUCAAGGAUGAAUCAUCCAAGACACCGAAGACAACUCCUGCACGCUUGAUGCCAUCUCCUGGCAAGGAAGCGUUGGCCUCUCGCAAGCCGUCUCAGCACCAGGAUCAGCUUUUGAGCCUUCUCAAAGGAAAACCCACCCCCGCUCGGUCUACCCCAGCCGAGUUGGCCGCCCCUACCGUCUCUUCGCCCCCGAAACAGAUCCUCCAGCGGCCUCGUACGGAAGCCAGCCCUGCCAAGCAAUCAUAUCCCACACACAAGCCCGAUACCUGGACGUCGGCAACAGUGUCUGGACCGUUGAAUAUGCCGCAACUUGGGCCCGCUGCCAAGACAGUGGGCAAGAGCAGUCCUGGUGGCUCGAAUCGUAAAGGCAGCGCUCGGGUCCAACCAAUCCAGAGUCCCGCUUCACCCAUCACAAUCUUGUCUAGACCACAGGCUGCAAAGCCGGAGCAUCCAUCUGGUCCUGAUCAAUCCCGUGCGCCACGGACACCACCCCAGAGUGGUAGGAAUAACAAGCCAAAGCCUGUGGAGCCCGCAAAGCCGUUUCAGCCACAGAUUCUUCGACGCUCAGCAAAUGUGGAUAAUAUUUUCCCGGCAUACUCCAAGGAGACGACCCAUGGACCCCAGAACGUACCGCCAACGCCCCAUACUUCACAGGAACCGAAGACUGAGGUCAGUUUCGAUCGUCGACCAAGCCAAACCGCGGCCCAGAGAGAAACCUUACUUUCACUUUUUGGCAAGGUGUCAGGAUCACCAGGCGCAUCCCCUGCAGUCCAGCCUGUUCUCGAAGCAUCCACAUCGAAACCAUCUGCAGCUUCUUCCGUUGUGAGCCCCUUAUCGCCCCCUAGCCUCCCAACUGGCAUAGUGGCGACGAGUGAGUCAUCGCCACGGGAUGGUGCUGUUUCCAGUGGCCUCUGUCAUCCGUUCCUCUCGUCCGCGCGCAUCAUAUGUGCCCGCUGUCUUCAAUCGACCCGCUCGUUCUCGACUUCCACUCCACAGAAGAACAAUGCCGUCCCACACUCCCCGCCGGAAGCAGGAUAUGCCCGUCUAACCCACCGCGGUUUGAUCUCAGUCACCGGGGUAGACAGCACCUCGUUCCUGCAGGGUCUUAUCACGCAAAAUAUGUUGGUGACGAACGACCCGAACCGAUCGACCCGUCGGACAGGAUCGUACACGGCCUUCCUCAACUCCCACGGCCGCAUACUCAACGACGCCUUCCUAUACCCGCUUCCUUCAGCGGACGCGGGAGAGUCCUCGUGGCUGAUCGAGAUCGACAAGAAUGAAGUCCCAGCCCUCAUGAAGCACUUAAAGAAGCAUAAGCUCCGCGCCAAGCUGAAGCUGCGCGCCCUCGACGACGGCGAACGCACCAUCUGGGCUGCGUGGAAGGACCACAUGGAGCCGCGCUGGGCCGCAUACAACUUGGAGGCCGCCGCUGGUCCGUUUUCUGCCGCCCCAGAGAUCGCCGGCUGUAUCGACACGCGCGCCCCGGGGUUCGGCUCUCGUCUGGUGACUCCGGGAGCGGAGGAUCUCCGGACGCACCUCGGGGAGAACGAGGUCGCGGGCGAUGAGGUCGAGCUCGGCGGGUACACUGUGCGACGCAUGAUGCAUGGAAUCGCGGAGGGACAGUCGGAGAUCAUCCGCGAGUCGGCGCUGCCGCUCGAGUCGAACAUGGACAUGAUGCAUGGGAUUGAUUUUCGGAAGGGCUGCUAUGUCGGGCAGGAGCUGACGAUCCGCACGCACCACACCGGCGUGGUGCGCAAGCGCAUCCUGCCUGUGCAGCUGUAUGACGGGGACCUGGGGGAGUUGGCGUCUGCAGAGUUGCCGACGUAUGAUCCUUCCGCUGCAUUGGGUGUGCCGCCUGCGGGCACGAAUAUUGCCAAGGCCGGAGCGCGGAGAGGACGCAGUGCGGGCAAGUUCCUCGGUGGGGUCGGAAAUAUUGGGCUCGCUUUGUGUCGGCUGGAAAUGAUGACGGAUAUCACGUUGACAGAUGAGGCUACGCAGUACAACCCGGAGCAGGAGUUCAAGGUGUCGUGGACUGGGGAGGAGAGUCCCGCCGGGGCUGGGGAGGUGAAAAUCAAGGCCAUGGUGCCGCCCUGGACGCGCGAAUUCAUCUUCUCCGGCGGCGCGAAGAACCAUGCGCGGAAUCGUGCUGACUACGGUCAGCGCGCGCGAGAGUUCCUCGAGCAACUAGAAGAGGAAGAGGCGCUGCGCCGGAAUGAGUAG